GACCAGUCCCCGAUGAGGAAAUCUAUUUUGAGGUGCCCGAUGCGCCUCCUGACGGCGUGGCGGAGAGAAGCUUCUGGGGCGACUUCAGUGGGGGCUCGCUAGAUCCUGCGCUUGUGAGCGAAGCGCGGCAGGUUGAGAUGGGCUGGGUGCUCAGUGCGGUGAGCCCAGAGCAGGCUUUGGAGCCAGCGGCCCCUCCGCCCGCGGACGGUGGGGGCGGGAACGGGGCGGGCUUUCCGGCCCUCCCCGCCGCCGUGCCCACGGCCCCGCCCGUCCUGGAAGCCCUGCGGGCACCUGGGCGCGGGCCGCGACCCGGGCAGCGAAAGCUGAACGAGUUCGGAGAUUACGAGGCCCACGUGCCCUCCAAGAAGGCCGAGACGGUGGCCGCCGCCGCCGCGGCGGGCCUCCUGGCGCAGCCGGCGGCGGCGGCGGCGGGGCCCGCCGCUGGCGCCGACGAGGGCUCCUCAGGCGACGCCGCCGCCGUGGCCGCCGCGGCGGAGAGGGCGGAGGCCAAGGACAAGGCGGAGAAGGAGGCACAGGCCGCGUACGCCGCCGAGCAGGCCAGGGUGACGAGGCAGACGGUCAACAUGGCCGUCGACGCCUCCGCCGGCGUGGAGGCGGCCGCCAACGUCACCGCCGAGCAGCCGCGCACCGAGCGGCCCGUGGAGGCCGUGCCGGUGGAGGUCGAGCCCGACGUGCGGCCGGAGGACCAGCCGAUGAAGAAGAGGUGCGGCGAGCUGGGAGACGUGGAGCUGGACCGCAGGAAAAAGAUCGACCGGCUGACGGAGGUGUGCGACCGCCUGUUGGAGAGGGGCGUGCUGGUCUACGACUCGACCCGCGAGGCCCUGGCGAUCGAGCUGAGGGAGAGGAAGGGUGACAUGGUCCUGGCGGAGGCCGCGGGCGGCGAGCCGCCCGCGGGCGGCGGGGCGGGCGCGGCAGGC